AUGGACCCCAACCUCACCGGCGGCGACUGUGACCUCUACGCCCACCACGGCACGGCCAGCGUGCUCAUGCCCCUGCACUACUGCGCCGUCUUCGUCAUCGGGCUGCUGGGCAACGCGCUGGCCCUGGUGGUCAUCGUGCAGAACCGCAAGAAGCUCAACUCCACCACGCUCUACUCCACCAACCUGGUGGUGUCGGACAUCCUCUUCACCACGGCGCUGCCCGCCCGCAUCGCCUACUACGCGCUGGGCUUCGACUGGCGGCUGGGCGAGGCGCUGUGCCGCGUCACGGCGCUGCUCUUCUACAUCAACACCUACGCGGGCGUCAACUUCAUGACCUGCCUGAGCGUGGACCGCUUCGUGGCCGUGGUCCACCCGCUGCGCUACAGCCGCAUGAAGCGGGCAGAGCAGGCCAAGGGCGUGUGCGUGGGCGUCUGGCUGCUGGUGUUCGCCCAGACCCUCCCGCUGCUCGUCAGCCCCAUGUCCAAGCGCGAGGGCAACCGGACGACGUGCAUGGAGUACCCCAACUUCGAGGAGACGGCCGCCCUGCCCUGGGUGCUGCUGGGCGCCUGCCUGGUGGGCUACGUGCUCCCGCUGGCCGCCAUCCUCUUCUGCUACUCCCGCAUCUGCUGCAAGCUCUUCCGCAACGCCCGGCAGAACCCGCUGGGCGAGCGGUCGGGCGUCAACCGGAAGGCGCUGCACACCAUCGUCUUCAUCAUCCUGGUCUUCGUGCUCUGCUUCACGCCCUACCACGUGGCGCUGGCCCAGCACAUGGUGCGGAAGCUGGGCACGCCCGGCCCGCUGGGCUGCGGCGCCCGCUACUCCUUCCAGCUGGCCCUGCACGUCACCGUCUGCCUCAUGAACUUCAACUGCUGCAUGGACCCCUUCAUCUACUUCUUCACCUGCAAGGGCUACAAGCGGAAGGUCCUGAAGAUGCUCCGGCGGCAGGCGAGCGUCUCCAUCUCCAGCGCCGCGCGCUCCGCCCCCGAGGACAACUCGCGGGAGAUGACGGACACCCAGACCAUGGUGCACUCCAAGUCCCUGAACGGCGGCAAGUGAGGGAGGGCUGGCCGGGGCCGCGUCUCAGGGGGGGGCUGCACGGGCAGCCCCAAGGCCUCGAGGGCCAAGGACGGGCACGGGGGCUGGAGAGAAAGCCCCAGAGCCUCGAGGGCACAAGGACUGCCCCGCUCCCACCUUAGAAACUCCGUUCGGGCCGGGCAACCAUUUCUGACUCUGACUUGGGAGCCAACGGAUACUUUGGGGUAUUUUUCACACGCCAGCGAACAACGUGAAAUGCCAACGUAUAUUUGCCAUUUUUCACGCGGGACAGCGACGGUGACAAAAGCAAGACCCUACUUUGGAAGUAAAAUCUGACAGCGACAGAGAGACGACUCCAGUAACCCAGGAUAAAAAGAAAAGCCCACCGUCAGCGAAAAAAACCGUUUCAUUAAUAUGUCCUGCCGACGGGCUGGCCGAGGCCAGAAAGACUGUGAAGACGGUGUAACUGUCCAAAAUGUCAAUACUGUAAUAUAG